GCCCUCACAUUGUUUCCGGCAGCUAGCAGUGGUCCUUAUUCUUGCUCAAAGUUUGCUGUCCAGGCUUAUUGUAUGGUUAUUAGGCAUGAACUGCAACCAUAUGGGGUGAAUGUGAUAGAGAUUAUGCCGGGAUCCUUUGAAACCGAAAUUACUAAUAUCCAGAAAAUGAGGGAAUCAACUGAUACGGUGUGGUACCGAGCAUCUAAUGAAAUGCGUGAUGAGUAUGGACACGAUUAUAGCGACAAAGUGAAAGCAUAUACAACAGAUAUUCAACGAAAGAUAGUAGCAAAGGACCCAACAUGGGUUAUCGAUGCUUAUUACGAAGCAAUCGUUGCGAAACGGCCAAAACUUUUGUACCGAGUUGGCUGGGAUGCCUUAUUUCUGUAA